AUGAUUAAAAGAAUGAUACUUAAUAAUAUAAGAUUACGAUUAUUAACACCAAGACUUAUACAACCAAUUAUAUACAGACAAUUACCAACAUUUACAAAAUUUCAAAGAUUUUACUCAAUAAGCACUGAAGGUGAAUUAAUAGAUGGUAAAAUAGAUCAAAUUACAGAUUCUCAAUAUAAUCAAAUAUCAGAUGAAUAUUUAGAAUUAAUGAGCGAUGCUUUAGAGGAUUUAAAUGAAAAUUAUGAACAAAUUGAAUCUGAAUUAAAUCAUGGUGUUUUAACUAUAACUGCUCCUCCAAACGGUGUUUAUGUAAUUAACAAACAACCACCUAAUAAACAAAUAUGGUUAAGUUCUCCAGUUAGUGGACCUAAAAGAUUUGAUUUAAUACAAGGUGAAUGGAGAACUUUAAGAGAUGGAAGUUUAUUAACUAAAAUAGUACAAGAAGAAAUUUCGGAAGCUAUUGGAAAGAAAUUUGAAUUUGAUGAAAUUGACCUGUAA